AUGGAACCUCAAGCGUCAGCUCUGGCGGCCACUGCCGUGACCUUGUCUGCAGCCAAGGGAUAUAGUCACACUGCGACGACAAGGCCGUCGCACACACCACAGACCCGGUCCACGUCACGCGCCAGCCCCAGACGACGCCGGCGACGCGAACGCGUCUUGAGAAACACACUGAAAUUCGUCACCGAAGAAGCACUGCCGUUCAUCAACUCAUGGCACUGGAUCGCCCUGUUAUGCGUCUCCUUCCUGGGCCUGACGGGCCGCCGGUGGUACUUCGGCACCGUGCUAGGGCGAGGCACGCCGCCGAUCGAGCUGCCCCUGCCGCCGUACUUCUACGGCUGGGUCCUGCAUAUCGCGACGUACCUGCUGUCCAUCUCCUCCGACAAGAUCGGGACAGUGCACCGACGGUACCGGACGCCAACACGCGUAUCGGAACAGACGACGGCGCGGACGACGGCCGUUCUGUUGGUCGGCGUGCAGGUCGCCGAGGCGGUGUCGAGCCUCCUGUUCAUCGUGUGUCUGGCGUUCGAGGUGUUGUGCUGGGCGAUGGUGCCCGCGUUUCAGGACAGCGACGUCACGCUCGACGGACAGGCCAUAUUCGACCCGGCGGCCCCGUGGUGGAUGGUCGCUCUCUGCGCCUCGUUGUUGGUCGUUGAUGCCUGGGGCCUGGUCUACGGCAUUAUGGUUAUGACUGUACUGACGGUAUAUCUUGGAACUAGCUUCCUGGUGGGCUCCUCCCCGUCUGGCAUUCAACCGCCAAGGACGAGUCGAGUAAUGGACAUGGAGGAAGGGAGAUUCAAGAACGAUGGUGAGAAGCCAGAUGUGGACGAUGGCGAUGUGGAAGAGGUUGUGGUCUACUUUGACGAGAAGACCCCUCUGAUGUAUCAGGAGGCAUAA